GGUAGCCUCGUCCAGCCAUGAGCUCUACAUGGCUGACAUGCGGAACCAGGUAUGCGCUGACGACGCGCCAAUGCAGGCUUCAAAUCCAGGCAGCUUACGUCAGAUCCACAUAAUCCUCGUCCGCCAUUUAGUGGUUGCCAGACAGCACCUGCUGCCUGGCGGCAUGGCUUGGACCCCCAUCCGUGGGAAGACGCUUUCCCGUUGCCGUUACUGUCACCGUCUAAAGAUUCCGUUUGGAACGCGACAUUGCUGGUGAUUUAGUAGACUAAGGAGUGACUGAGCGGUAAUGUGACUGCUGUUGAUGCGUGGUCGCAUUCCUUCAUUGGACGAGGCUCAUACUCGUCGUCGCUAGUGGCGUGAUUUCAAGAGUUUCUGUGAAGUCGAGAACAAUUCCUAGCACAGCGUUACUACUUCCGAGCGACCGAAACUCUCGGCACUUUCGAUUCUUUCAGUUCGAAGUGCCGAAAGAAUUGAAGUUCUUUCGACAGAAACGCAGAAGCAUUCGUUCAGUUCGCCGGGUUAUCUCUCGCGGUCCUUCACGAAACCCAGCCAUGGCUGCUGAACGCAAACCGCCGGUGGGAGGUAGCGGACUCGUCUCCUUCGUGCUGACCUUGCUCCUGGUGCUGCUGGUGGUGCUCCCCUUGACCCCCUCGGGAAUUACGACCGUCGCUGGGCUUCCGCUGCGAGACUUCCGCGGCAGCAGGCGAAUUGGGGUUACCAGUCGCGCGAGCGGGGUUGAGAUUCUCGCACCUGCUGCAGAUGGCUCCGGAAACGCCAGCAGCGGCACCCCGCCUCUCCCCAUGGCGGGGAUAUUCGGGGACCUUCAGAGCCCAGCAGCCUCUGGCUAUUCCUUCUUCGUGCGGGCCAUGGCGUCUCUGCAGCCCCCCAUGGACUAUGUUGCCUUUCUCAACGGUGCUGUGGGUAUGGCCAACGGCAUCACCGUGCUCGCCCCCUCCAACGCUGCCUUCCAGGUCCUCGGCCCAUACACCGGAUGCCUCUCCAACUACACCCGUUCCGGACCAAUCCUAGCCACCCUGCUCAACCACCACAUGCUCUACGGAACCUUCCCGGAAUCCGCCCUGUUUGACGGGCGGCACUAUUUCACUCUCGCCAACACCCACGUGGGGGUGACUCGGAAUGCAACGGGGGUGUAUGUGGAGGAUGCGCGGGUGGUGGAGCCAAAUAAGUUCGCUGGGUACAAUGGCAUGGUGCAUGGGAUCGACCGCGUCAUGUUUCCACCAGGCAUAACUCCCUCUCUGUUUGUGAUAUGCAAUCAGACUGGCCAAGGUCUUGCUGUAUAAAGACUGCACGAUUUCUGCAGGGUGGGUUACCAUAUUACCUUACCAAUGACUCAUGGGCCAUGACGCCUGGCUCCUUAUGUAGUCGACGCAAGCAUAAGAUAGGGAUGGCCAGGGUCUUGCUAUUCAACGACACGGCCAUUUCUGCAGGGGGGGUUCACACCAUGACUCUUGUUCACGAAUGUUGGUCACGAAUCAUUUCCAAGGAUGAAGACAAUUGUUCUCUCUGACUUGCGAAACAAACUGCCCAGGGUCUU